AUGCCUCCAGAACAGACACCAGCUGCAAGAGAGGAUGAUUACGGAAAGAGCGAGGAAGAUACGACACAUGACUUGGAAAAAGCUUCAAGCAGCACCGUGCCACCUCCGACAGAUACGGAGUCCUUCUUCGUAGAGUUCGAUGGACCCAACGACCCUGACAAUCCAAAGAAUUGGACGCCAAAGCGGAGAUGGGGGAUCACUAUCUCUAUGGGCCUCAUGGUUUUCACAGUCACAUUUGCCAGCUCGAUAUUCAGUGUCAACAUCGGUGUUGUCCAAGAGAAGUUCAAUGUUGAACUGGUCACAGCUACCCUUGGCGUAGCAUUAUUCGUCCUGGGUUUCGUAUUCGGUCCAAUUGCCUUUGGACCCAUGUCAGAAGUGCUUGGCCGGAAGCCUCCCUUGAUGUUUGGCUUUGCACUAUUUGCUAUCUUCCAGAUCCCAGUAGCACUCGCGCAGAACAUUACAACGGUAUGCGUCGGUCGAUUCCUGGGUGGAUUCUUCGCCUCUGCGCCUCUGGCAGUCGUUGGUGGAGCUCUUGCAGACUUGUGGGAUCCCAUCCCUAGGUCUUAUGCCAUCUGUGUCUUCGCUGCCGGCGGAUUUGCCGGCCCCGUAGCAGGCCCCAUUGCUGGUGGCUUCAUUACGGAAUCACACCUUGGAUGGCGGUGGACGUCGUGGAUCACCCUGAUCAUGGCCGGUCUGUUCGGAGGCAUCGGCUUCUUCGUCGUUCCGGAAACGUCAGCCGCCAGGAUACUGCAACUGCGAGCUGCCAGGUUACGAAGGGAGACGGGUAACGACAAGUACCACGCUGCAGCAGACGAGAACAAAUUGACAGUCGAUAAGGUUGUCAAUGUCUAUCUAUUGAGGCCAUUCAUCAUGUUCAUCCAGGAACCAAUCUUAGCACUUGUGACAGCCUACAUGAGCUUUUUAUACGGCAUCGUCUACCUACUAUUUGAAGCAUUCCCGGUGUCGUUCCACGAAGAACGAGGAUGGUCUUUGGGUGUAUCGCAGCUGCCAUUUGGUGCCUUCAUCGUUGGCAUUCUGCUGGGUGCUGGCUGCAUCGCUUAUAGCUCCGCCACAAACUUUACUCGCGCAUUCCACAAGCACGGCAGGGUUAUUCCGGAGGAACGUUUACCACCUAUGAUUUUAGGGGCAAUUGCACUCCCUGCCGGUCUAUUCUGGUUCGCCUGGACUAGCAGUCCCGACAUCACCUGGGUGCCACAAGUGCUCUCGGUUGCUCUCCUCGGUUUUGGCUGCAUGGUGCCGUUCUGGCAAGGUAUGAGCUACCUCAUCGACUGCUAUGGCUUCUAUUCCAACAGUGCCAUCGCGGUCAAUACCUUCAUUCGCUCUUUCGCAGGCGCGUUCUUCCCACUGUUUACGCAUGCCAUGUACCACAACCUUGGUGUACCUUGGGCGAGUAGUCUUUUGGCGUUCAUCUGCGUAGUCUUCCUUCCUGUUCCCAUUCUUUUCUACAUCUACGGUGCACGAAUAAGGAAGAAGAGCAAGUGGGCACCAACAGCAUAA